UUGGAGCAUGGAGCCCAUCUCCCUGCCUGAACCAGGGAUUCCUGCAGCAGAGAGCUCAUCUGUGCCACAGGAAACAUUCCAUGUGCUGGUGGGGGUGACUGGGAGUGUGGCUGCCCUGAAGCUGCCCCUGCUGAUCGCUGAACUGCUGAAAAUCCCUGGGCUCGAGGUGAAGGUGGUCACAACUGAGAGAGCAAAGCACUUCUACAACACUCGGGAGAUUCCUGUCCCCCUCUACAGUGAUGAAGAUGAGUGGCAGCUGUGGAAAGGUCGCUCAGACCCUGUUCUGCACAUCGAGCUGCGGCGCUGGGCUCACCUCAUGGUGGUGGCACCCCUGGAUGCCAACACGCUGGCAAAGGUGGCCAAUGGCAUCUGUGACAACCUCCUGACUUGUGUCAUCCGCGCGUGGGACUUGAGCAAACCUCUGCUCUUCUGCCCAGCCAUGAACACAGCCAUGUGGGAACAUCCCAUCACUGCUCGGCAGGUGGAGCAGCUCAAAGGCUUUGGCUACACCGAGAUCCCCUGUGUGGUGAAGAAACUGGUGUGUGGAGAUGAAGGCCGAGGUGCCAUGGCAGAAGUAUGGACCAUCGUGGAGAGAGUUAAAAGGAGCCUUGAAGAACUGCAUGUGCCAAGGCAGAGCUGAUGUUUUGGCACGUAAAUGGUGGUUCUGUGCCUUCCUGAGGCUUUGGAGAUAAAGCCAGCAGGAAGCUGAGCCCUGCAUACCUCUGGCAUGCACACACACAGCUGCUCUUCAACCCAAGGAGCCAACGGUUGUCUUCCAGCUGGUGCCAAACUGAACUAUGGUACAUCACCACAGGCUUUGAACAACCAAAGCCAAGAAUGUGCUGCUUUAGUGUGGCAAACUCUAAAGUGGUGUUU